AUGGGUAAAGCCGCUAGCAACACAUCUCACGCCAUCCAAGCAGGUAACAAAGCCAUCAUCGUUUCUCCAUGGCAACACAAGGUCAUCGAGAUUCUACCUUUGAAUAAAUUCGGUGGCCAGUGCAGCUUCAACGGAAUCCAGAACGGAGAAGUAUCCUUGAACGAUCGCUACUUGCACCAAAUUGCAGUUGUCGAGAACGGCGAGUUCAUUGGUUUGAGAGACGAAUAA